AUGUUUGUUCCUCCGCCGCCAAUAAGACUCUCCCGAGAGGAAGUCGAUCGACGACUCGCUGCGCAGAGAGGGCGGCCAGAGUCGUCUUCAGCAGGUGGGACGGGAGAUCAAAGAACCAACUCGUCAUCCUCCACCCGCGAGGAACAGCAAAAUGCGACAUCCACGCAACGAAAUCGCCGACACCACCAGGCCAUAGCAAUGCUGCACAGCUCCCCUCCACACACGCCUCCUCCCCGAACACCACCACCCCUCGCCCCGCACGAGCGAGGAGGAGGCAUCGAUCGCCGCGCGAUUGGGAGUCCACGACCAGAUAGCAGCGCCGCAAGACGAACGCUGCCCGUCUUCGAAGAACCCCGACGAGCUCCAGCAACCCCCAAACGACCCCCUCGACCACCGAGUGAGCUCUUCCUCCCCCCACCGCCCGAACCACCGAAACAUGGGCGGGUCCCUACCUCGCGCCCGCUGAGGGUGGACGAGUCGCCGCCUCUGCCACCGAUUCCGGAUAAGUCGCCUUUGAGACAAGUUGUGACUCUGCACAGGGAGGAAUCGCAGAGUUCGUUGAGUCCUAGGCCGUUGUUCAGCGAUAUGUCAUUCGACAAGCCUGCGACGCCGCCGUCCGCGAAACCUCUCGUCGAAAGGAGUGUGUCUGGAUCGAUCUUAUCAGUGGCGUCAUCGUCGUCGACCAAGACAGCACCAAAGGCGCCUUCGAGACAGCAUGCCGCGCUCACGGACGCGACGUUCAAUGCGGCGUUGGCGAGCAUGAAGGCGAGGGCGAAGAGGGAUUCCGGGCCGUCGACAUCGUCGCUUUCCACAACGGCUUCUUCCAUAGACCCUGGGUCUCUUGUACGGUCUUCAACGGCGCCGCCUAGUUUGUAUCGCGCGAAUAGUUUUUCAUCGUUAAAGGUGGCGAAGAGUGCGGUGUUCAGGGGCAGUGGGAGUGCGUGCAGUCCGACGAAGUCGCGACAUGCUAGAAAGCUUUCUGCGACUCGGUCCUUGGAUUCGCAGCGAAUGACCACCGCCGCUCAUAUGCGCGCGGCACUGCUCGAGGCGGAAGAUAGAAAGCGAACGAAACGGCCAGAUUCAAUCGUCAAGGCCGAGAGACCCAUCGCGCCGCCAUCAGCGCCGACGAGGUGGAAGAAGCGAAGAAAAGGGGAGACGAUGAGCAUGCUCUUGGACGCUGGCUUCUUUCCCGUGGAAGAGAUCAUUUACGGCAAGAACAAGAAGCCGAAAAGGCCACCGUCCGAAUUGAGCUUUCGUAUCAACCUACCGCCGCGCCUCAGUUUCAUCGAGAAAGACUUACCAACGACCCCCAGCAGCAUCACUACGACGCCCACGGAACUCUACAACACAUCUCCGACUACACCCCGGUCCAGGACGCGCAAUCGUAAAUCGGGUGGUUCGACGGGGAGUCCUCUCUCCCAGAUCUCGGAGAGUGAUGUUAAUGUCGACGCAAAUGAUGGUGGUGGUGGAGGUUGGUUCAGAAAAGAGUCUGAACAGCUCUCUCCCACGAGGCUGGCAGCAAUCCCCGAGGAUUCAGCGGCAGGUGAGAAUUCGCCACUGCCCUCAGGUGUGUCGACGCCUGUGGCGACGCAGAUACAUUUAAGAGGAGGCUCCAUCAUCACCGUGACACCGCCAGAGCUCACCGCGUGGCAACCGACGUUAUACAUCCACGGACCCAUCAAGCUGCCGACGCCUCAGAUCAUGCCGAGGAAGAAUUCUGUUGCGAGUCUUGAGCCUUUUCAGGAAGCAAUCGAUCAAGUCUACCAGCACGCGUUGGCCAUCCCCCGACGAAGAAGCGACGAUAUGGUGGUCGACGACAUUUGCGAAUUUUUUGACGAGUUCGGUUUCGAGAUGGUCAGUUUCGACGGGGAUCGAUUAUCGCUGGUGGAGUCGGAAUUGGAUGAAAUCGAGGAGAUGGAGUACGAAACGGAUUUAGAACGUUUCAGCACGCCGCCAAACGAACAGCCAGUUGCCAGUCCUGUCGAAGUGGUGAUUGCCAAGGAUAUUAUCGAGACAGCAGCGAGCAAGCCACCACCGGCCCCCGUGCCGACUGUCGUCCUCCCCAUGCCUGAAGUGAUUGCACCGCCGGUGGAAAAUGAAGAAACAUUACGAGCUCGAGGCAUCGCUCGAUUGUCCAGAAGCUCCGCGGGCUCCAUGCCUGUGAAUGAACAGAAAGACUCUCUUACGAUAGGCAAGGACCGGGAAGGGAGUCUCCCCCUUCUCCCAGCACCAGAAGAGAGCAUGUUGGAUGCCGUACUUCAGCCAUCGCAUAGGAAAGGUCGAGACAGCGCCAGCUACGCGUCGAGUGUUCAGAGCAGCCGACGGGGGCGGGACAGCACGAGUUACGCAACGAGCACGCACAGCAGCCGGUUUGGAAAGGAUAGCGCCAGCGUGCACAGCAGCCAAAUCGGGGCGGGCGGGCAAGGGUUCGAAUGGGAUGACGAUGUGGAAGAGAUCGAUGCAGGCUCAGCCUGGUUUGCACCUGUGGCAGCACCGAAAAAGCCUGGCAUUAGCAGAGGGCUGUCGACUCGCAAGACGCGGAAUCCAGUGGCCAAGAUGAGACGGUUGGUCGCGACGGCGUCGACGAUUCUGUAG